CAACACUAAUGAUGCAUUUUUAUACCAUUGGCUAUACACAACUUCCCUCAACUUUUUGUUCACUAAAGUCAAUUUUCUUCUUUGCUUCCACCUAUUCUUCAGCAAACUCACACAACCACCUGAAAACUGAAUCACAACCCUCUCUUCUUCUCUUACUCUCUCUUUCUCUUUGGUAUCAUCAUUCAUCACCACACAAGAGAAAAAAAAAAAGAAGAAAGAACAAAUAAACCUUUUUUUUUUAAGAGAAAGAAAGAAAGAAAAGGAAAAAUAAAGUUUUUUUUUUUUUUUUUUAGUUUUUCGAUGGACCCGAAGUUCAUCGGAAAGCCGCUGGCGAUGGUGGACCUGGACCGGGACCGGAUGUCGGAGCGUGGGUCCCACCACCGGCGUUCCCACUCCGACACCUCCUUCCGCUUCCCUGCCAACUUCGACGAGCUUCUCCUCUUCGACCCCUCCGACCUCGACAUCUCCGGCCUCCCGUCGCCGCUCCCUCUGCCGUCGCAGGGCGCCGGCGGCGUGGUUCCGAUGUCCGUCGUCUCCGAGGAGUCUGGCGGACGGCCGAGGCCGUCCGGGGCUUCCGCCGGCGGGCACCUGCGGAGUCUGUCGGUGGAUUCUGACUUCUUCGAUGGGCUCGGGUCCGGCGUCGGCGGCGAUGAGAGAGGUGCCGGGAAUGGCGGCGGCGAGCGGCACAGCAACUCGAUGGAGGGGUCGUCGACGACGUCGUUUGAGGCGGACUCGGCGACGAUGAUGGAUGGCAUGAAGAAAGCUACGGCCCCUGAUAAACUUGCUGAGCUUGCUCUUACGGAUCCCAAAAGAGCUAAGAGGAUGCUUGCUAACAGGCAAUCUGCUGCAAGAUCUAAGGAGAGGAAGAUUCGUUACACAAGUGAGUUGGAGAAGAAGGUGCAGACUCUUCAGACUGAAGCAACUAACCUUUCUGCACAGCUUACCAUGCUUCAGAGAGACACUACAGAUUUGACUGCACAGAAUAAGGAGCUCAAACUGCGCUUACAGGCUUUUGAGCAAGAAGCACAGCUUAGAGAAGAUCUCAAUGAGGCAUUGAAGAAAGAACUGCAGCGCCUUAGGGUACAAAGUGCUUGCUGGGGUGCUAUGACUGGUGGUAACCCUUCUUUUGGUGGGAUAUUCAACCAGUUGGCUUCCCAGUUAGCCAUGCAACAGUUGUCUAAUUCUGUGUCCCAUCAGCACCAGACACAACACCAGCCACAGGUUGGCAUGCCUCCUCCCCCCUCUGGACAGAAGCACCCUAAGUUCAUGGACUUCAAUCAGCAGAAGUAGCUAAUAAUAGUUGUAGCAGUAAAUGAUUGAUUACAUGCAAUAUUCAUCACAAGUAACAUCCUGUGCAUAUGAAUGUAUAACUAACUGGUGAGACUUGUGAAGGAUAUAUUGUGCAGUUCAGUGUCUUUAGUCAUGUGUUGUUUAUCUUUAGUUCUAGGAUAUGUGUACUUUCUGCAGUUCUAGGUGAGAAGCAUAGCCUUUGAAAUGUAAGCGUCAUAGCUCUUGGGUGAAUGAGGGUAACAUAAAGGUGUAGAAAGACUAGUUAAUAAUAGUAUAGAUGGUGAAUGAAGUUUAUUAACUAGCUUCUGGACUUAAAUAGCAUGCUAUAUAUGUUAAAAGUUAAAGCAGAAAGCAUCUUCUCGGUA